GUAGUAAAGGGUGCAACUGAUUGAUUUAAGUAUUUACACAAACCGCCAUCGAGCCAAACUGAAACAGAAGGAUCAGACGGGUAGCUGGAAUGGCUUCCAACGCAACCUCUGUGUGAGAAGGCGUGGAGCUCUUUGAGGUGUUUCCAGCCAGGCGUUUGAGACUGCUGCACCAGCUCCUUGAAAAUGGCGAGCCACCUUCGUUUUGUCGCGCGGACAGUAAUGGUCCAAAAUGGGAAUGUGGACGCUGCUUACAAAACGCUAAACAGGGUGCUGUCAGUGGACGGAGUGAUCGAAACGGUGCGUCGGAAUCGUUACUAUGAGAAGCCGUGUCGGCGGCGGCAGCGGGAGAACUACGAGACGUGCCGACGGAUUUACCACUCGGAGAUGGCCAGGAAGAUCGCAUUUGUUUCGCGGGCCCACCGACAUGACCCCUGGACUGGUAGCUAGGAGGAGGAGGAGAAUGUUCGGGGAGGGGGGGGAUGUAAAUGAGUGUAAUAAAUGAAUGUUCUGCACCAGGCUUAUGUCUUGCCAUACCUGUACAGUGAGAGAGACUUUCAAAAUGUAGUUGUGUCUAAUCCAUCCGGUGGUUCUUUGCAGCCUUUUCGAGUUGGAUAAUUACGGUCUACCCCAAUGAGACCUGGCCAGAACCUGGGCUGCUUUUUAUAAGUAAUGGUCUCCUGAUCCAGUAUGUUCAUGCCCCUGUCCUCCAACAUGCAUCAUCACCGAUGCAGAGUCAUGCUUGUGUGCGUUAUCUCUGUAUUUGGUUUGAAUGGGGUUGUUGCUCUGAAGAAAGAAUCAUGGGCUUGGACCCCUGUCUCCAUCCUUACAGCCCCCCCGUACACUCCAUCCAAAUCUUCUGAAGAUGGGGCACCAUUGCGGGUGGUGAAUAAAUCUUUUGUGAAAUUACUA